AACAGUUCAGCUCACCUGCGCGCACACCUGAGCUCGUGCUCCUAGAAAAAUGACUUGAUGCUGUCAGAUACGCCGCAUUAAUCGCGCAAUGAUCGUCGCAUGGAGUCUGAUGAGUCUGUGGAUUGUGGGUCUGAUCUGUUACUCGGACUGCACGUGCUCUCCGACAUCUUUCUAUAAGAGCUGCUGGAUCCGCAGGUAUCCCGGACUUUAUGUGGAUGUGGAGGAAUCUCAGCGCAAAGGAGCUCAGAUCCUGAAGGUUUAUCGGGAGGAAUCAGCUAUCAAAUGCAGCAGAUCCUGCUGUACGACACAAAACUUCUCCUGUAGUUUGGCUGUGUUUCAUUACAACACAACUCAAGACAGCGUGAACUGCUUUCACCUUCAGUGUUUGAAUCCUGACAGCUGCAGUCUGCACCACAGAAGAAACGUCAUUCUUUAUAAUGUGACGAAAGGUGUAGAUCCUGAUCUGCUGGUGUUCGGCAAACACUUCACCACCAACGUCCGUGUUCUUCCUCACAUGUCCUCCUCACGACUGAACGUUUCAGAACCUCUGACAUCAGACAAGCGUCAUUUCAACCAUCCACCCAACCCUCCUGUCCGCUCCAUCAGCUCCCCAUCCACCAGCACGACAAAACCUACGACCCAAGCGGUUUCCACUUCACACGAAUCCCAGAAUCACUUUAUCUGUUGUACUACCAAACCUGCAUCGACGGCUGAUGAGAAUACACCAGAACGGGUUGUAUCGACUACAUCACAGCCCAAACAGCCUCAACCUAUGACACGGCUGCUUCAUACGACAAAACCAACUCAUCAGCUUGAUACAACCAGUGAGACCUUUACCAGUACUCCCAGUAGCUCACAUCUCUUUUCCACCACUACAGCCCAACCAAGCUCCACUUACAAACCCAUCGUAAUCACUGAAGCUGCUCAAACUAUCUUCGUAUCUGGGACUUUAACUACCCAACAGGUUUUGGAUUUACAAACUACAACUCAAAGCAUCACUGUCACUAAUACAACACCUUCUCAAAGCACUACACAACCCAUCACUGAGCUCUCCACAACUAACCACCGUCCUCAAACGCUAUUCAAGACCACAGCUACCAAAUUACAGGAGACAGCACAAACUGUCACCCACAAUGUACCGUCCCCCUCCAAAUCCUUAACAAUCAUGAAGCCCCUGACAGCUGUGACCCAGACAAACGCACCCAAACAAACUAUAACUCAAAUCACUACAGUUUUGUCUCCAGCUGGUUUACAACCAGAAGAUAAAACAACUUCCAUCCUCACAAGACACGAGACCCUAAACCACACCAACAACCGUACGAGCGAUUCAACGACUACUACCAGCACGCCGGGUUCUUCUCUUACUGCCUCUACUAGCAGUACGGUGGACAGUCAGCCGUACCCGAACGACACCAAGGGUUACAUCAGUCGAAACAUCACCACAGAUGAUGCUCCUCAUCCUGACGGAGAUGGAAGUUUGACAACGGUGUGGCAUUUGGCGGCCAACACCGUGCUGGUGGUUUUAGCGACCUGUGCAACCAUAACAUUUGGAUGUUGUUGUUCUGUGUUUGUUGCUCUGAGCUGGAGAGGACGCAGAAGAAGAAAAGGAAGAUACCACACCGACCUGAGGGCCAAAAGAGGAUCCAUGAAACUCAUCAAGUAUGUCAUCGUACGAGAGAGCUCGUAAGGUGUGCCUGCUCGUGUUUCUUAGAUGCUGCUACUUUGUGACUUGUUUUAUGUGGUUAGACUUUAUCCGCUAUGUAUACAAUUCAGUGCCAUGUAUGGAUUAGAAGAAGAAACUGUAAAAUACCCUGGUAAGUAGGUAUCUUAUAAAGCAAUAUAUUUAUGCUGCUUAUUUUUUGGAACAGCCCCCGUAUUGGAGUGUGAAUAAUGUCCCCUACGUAGGUUGCUCUUUAGGUUUUGAACAGAAUGAAUCAUUUUUUGUGACAUUUUUAAAAAAAUUUAAAAAUCUUGUUUUAUAAGUGAAUAUGAAUGUAUGCAUAAAAGAGAAGUAUUAGUAAACUCUUCCUUGGACAGUCUUUAAAGCGCUAGU